GAGCUUUGGCGAUUUGAAUUGCUGGAGAAGGAUGAAGGUCAAGCGUCAAAAGACAAACAAGCGUCAUAUAAGCGUUUACACCCAUUCCUUUGGGUUUAGGGAGCCGUAUCAAGUGUUGGUGGAUGGAAACUUUAUAGCUGUUGCGCUUCAAAUGCGAACAGAUGUUAGGGAUGCUUUGCCGAAGGUGCUAACCGGUACUGCGAGGCCGAUGACAACCUCGUGUGUACAAGCCGAACUUCGAGCGCUCGGCCCGGAUUUCACUGGUGCUUCGCUGAAUGCUAAGCGUUUCGAGCGUCGUCGGUGUGCACACACCCAUUCCCCCGUUCCCGCUGCCGAAUGUAUACGACAAAUCAUUGGAGAGUCCAACCAGCACAACUACUGUGUUGCCACACAAGAUCAAGCAUUACGAAGCGACCUAAGAAAAAUACCUGGCACACCGCUGAUUUACAUUAAUAGAAGCGUUGUCAUACUCGAGCCGCCGAGUGCGGCUACCAUGGCGAAAAUACAGGAGAUGGAGAUUGCAAAAACUCUUCCUCAGUCUUUCGAGGUCUCUAUUUUGAACAAACCAGAGCCACUUGCGCCUGAGCCAUCAAAGCGUAAGAAGAAAGCAAAAGGUCCCAAUCCGCUUUCUGUCAAAAAGAAACGAACGGACGCGGAAGCAGCAGGUUCGAAAAAGGCAAAGAAGAAGAAGACGAAGAAGAAGACUGAUGAAUUGGAGGAAGGCGGCGAGCAGGGGGAUACCGGAACUUCUGUUUCGGUGGGGGAGGCAGCAACGCAAAAACCAAACAAGAUGAGGGAGGAUGGACCGGGUAGUCCAUCAGUAGUCGAGGUUGAACCUCCGCAGGUAGCUCAAGAGGCGCUCUCCACGUUGACGAAAAAGAGGCCACGCCCUUUAGAGGACAACGAUGAAGCACUUGAGGGAGAGAAGACAGUAGAUGGGGAACCGGCUGGAGAGAAAAAGAAAAAGAAGCGAAAACGGCGAAAGAAGACAAAAUCCGAAGAUUCUUAGGGGCUGAUCUGCAGAGAUAGUUUUGGCUUAAUGUUAUUUUAUUCUUUUUAUCAUUAUUCUUUUGCUGUAUACAAUAUGUGAAUAGGUGCAUUGUGUCCAAUAAAUUGUCUCAAUUUGGCGAGCA